AUGGCUGAGUGGAGCUGGGUGGCCUACACAGUCCUAGAAGCGCUGAUUGCUGUGGCCUGUUGCCUUGGCAAUGUGUUGGUGGUGUGUGCGGUGUGUGUUGGUAUCCGGGAUUCCCUUCGAGAGCCAACCUUCUGCUUUCUCGUUUCCUUGGCAGUGGCUGAUUGCCUCGUGGGUGUGGCGGCUGUGCCCCUGUCUGUACUAUUGGAUGGCUGGGUGAGUCUGACCCCUGACCUGUGCCUACUUCUCAGCUGUGUCGUGCUCGUGCUGACUCAGGCCUCUGUGCUGUCACUGCUAGCUAUCGCCGUGGACCGAUACCUCAGGUUACACACACCACUCAGGUACAAAGCCCUGGCCACACAGAGGCGUACAUGGAUGGCAGUGUCUGUGUGCUGGAUACUGUCCUGCCUGCUGGGGUUCACCCCUCUGUUUGGCUGGCACAACUACUCCUCUCUAGCCUUUGAUUCCACAAAUACAUCUUCCACUUCCUUCAUCUCUCCACCCUGCACCUUCCUCUCAGUCAUCUCCCUCCCUUUCAUGGUCUACUUCAACUUCCUGGGAUGUGUCAUUGCACCCCUGCUGGUCAUGACCCUCCUCUAUAUGCGAAUCUUCUGGAGCCUGCAGGGCCGUUUGAAGGAGGGCUGUCCUCAAAACCAGGCCUCUCUGCUCAGGGAGAAGAGGCUGGCCUGCUCCCUGGCUCUGGUUCUCAUUUUGUUUGCCAGCUGCUGGAUUCCUCUGCACCUGAUGAACUGCAUGCUGCUGUUUCAUGGUCCCCAAGCUGUCACACCAGGGACGCUCUAUACAGGUAUUCUCCUGUCUCACGCCAACUCAGCAGUCAACCCUGUGGUCUAUGCAUAUCGCAUCCCAAAGAUCCAACAGGCUUACAGACAAAUAUGGAGGCGCUUCCUCAUGAACAUGACCUGUUGCAACGGGGAUGAGCAAGUUCGCCGAUCAAGUACAGGCAGCCGAGCCAAUCACACCGAGAUGUGUGGAUCAGGACGGAUGGCCACGCCCUAACAAAGGACCACAGGGUCACUAUAAGUCCAGUAUGUCU